AUGAAGACUGACAACUACCUUAACCUCUGCCUCGAGCAGGCCGCCAAGUCGCCUUUACGAUACCGCCAUGGGGCCAUCAUAGUCCGUGGCGGCAAAGUCAUUGGUCAGGGCUACAAUGAUCAUCGCUCUGGCUUCGACGGUGGUGCCUUGAAGACUGGGCGCCUCCCACUGCGCUCCUCGACUAAGCGAGAGUUAGGUAUACCGGAAGGCCAUGUGAAUAAGACGUUUACGCCGUUUGAAAGCAUGGGCGGUGGAGGAAAGCUCGCCAACACUCCGUUGUCUAUGCAUAGCGAGAUGAUGGCGAUUCACUCUGCUCUCUCGGCUUCCAGCACGCUGGCUUCGAGCGCGGUGUCCUCCGAAAAACCGUGCUUUAAACUAUCGGGUGAUUCUAAACGAAAGUCGCGACUACGAAGGGAAGCAAUCAACUCCUAUGUCAAAGCCAUCUGCGAGGCCGCACUGGCCCAGUCCACCGCGGCCUCUGGCAAUGCCCAGUCCGGUGUUCAAGAGUGGCGAUUUGAAUCCUCUGCAUCUGGAUCGCGCGAGACUGAACCUUGUGUUUCACGACCAGGAGAAGAACGAGAACGUGGCCUUAUCGGAAGCGAACAGUACGGAGAAACACCGCCUGAAGAACGGGAAGAAUCAUCAUCAUCACAAGCUUGGCAACAAAUUGAAAGACAGAAUCCCCCAACCGCCAGGAGUCAGCCAAUGCUCAUGCCGAAGGGACAGACUGGACAGAGUUCUCGCAAUCUCAAAGACAGGACCAAGAGCCCACGUUUGAAUGGAGCCGAUCUGUACGUCGUAAGACUGGGCUGGCAAUGUGCGCCAAAGGUGUGCUGGGAAGAGCCAGACGAAGACGCCGCGACGCUACCUCAAUCGCGCCCUGCCACAGGUUCAUUGCACGACGAGCUCACCAGUCCAGAGCCGGCGAGGCCAGCACGCACCAAGCACCCGCCGACUCCAACAAAGGACGAGAAGCAACCCACCGUCCUGUCUUCCCGACCCUGCUACCGAUGCAUAUCCUACAUGGCGUCUGUGGGCAUCAAACGCGUUUUCUGGACCGAUGACAAAGGAGGCUGGGAGAGCGCAAAGGUGCGUGAUCUGGUCGAUGCGCUUGACAACAUAGGGUCGCAGUCGCCCACUGAUGCUUCGGUGGGACUUAACAGCGUCUUCGUCACAAAACACGAGGUGCUGAUGCUGCGCAGGAUAAUGGGAGAGAGCUAA